CACUCAAAUUAAAGCUGUAAAUAUCCCUGUAGAACUUAAACAGGUUUUGGUAAGCGCAGACAUCUGCAGCCCAUUUCAAGUCUAUGAUGCCCACGUCCACUUCCAAGCGAUAUUGACAUUUCAGGCUACAGGGCCACCACGUCAUGUGGAGGUUUGCAGGCCUAUAAAUUUGUGCGUGAAGGGAGUGAUUCCUCUCACUGCUUCUCACCGGACGCGCGCGGAGUUACCUGGACAGUUCAAAUUUCCACACAUUUUUCCACUUUUUCCUGCGGAACGAUAGUUUUUCGAUUUUUGUUUUGCUUCAUUUUUCGUGUUUCCGUUUACGGUUUUACCAUCAAGGCCAGGCGCGAGCGGACAUGUGCGGAACGAACGUCGAUGCGCAAAAUAAAGGUGGUGGAAGUGUGAACCAGCUCGGAGGGAUGUUUCUUAACGGCAGACCGCUCCCAGAAUCCAAAAGACGGAAAAUGAUUGAGCUGGCCUCGGAAGGAGUCCGUCCAAGCCAGAUCUCCAGGAUACUUCGGGUCUCCAAUGGAUGCGUCAGCAAGAUUCUGAGUCGCUACCGGCGCACGGGACUCCUGGAGCCCAAGACCAUUGGAGGGAGCCGCCCUCGGCUCCUCACGCCCGGUGUUAUCUCCACAAUCAUCCAGUGCAAACGGGAAAAUCCAACAAUUUUCGCCUGGGAGAUUCGGAAACGGCUCGCAGCUGCGCGCAUAUGCAAGGUCUCCAAAGUUCCCAGCGUGUCGUCUAUAAACAGGAUUUUAAGAAAGAUCCACUUGGACCACGGACCCAUGUGCAUGGAGGUCAACUCAAAGAUCAGAGCUGAGCAGGAUUUUUACCCUCUGGUUCAAGAAGAAGUCAACGAGCGAGAGAUGUUUGAGUCAAUAUUCGGAGAUGACCAGAAAUCUAAAGGAUCCCUGCACAGAAACCGCACGUCCUUCACCUCUGAGCAGAGCAGAGCCCUCGAGCAAGAGUUCUCCAACUGCCACUACGCUGACAUGUACACGAGAGAGAAGCUGUCAGCGGAAAUCAAACUUCCCGAGGACACCAUCAAGGUCUGGUUUUCAAACAGACGGGCCAAAUGGCGGCGAGAGGUCAAGCAGAGAAGUAACACGCAGACUGCAGACCGUCAAAGGCAAAGAGAUUUCAUCCCUGAGAGUCGAACAACGGCCCACGGCUUCACAUCUCAACAGGGAACGAGAGUCCACCGUGAAAACUCCAACUAUUUAUACAACACGGUCAGCAGGAAUAUGAAAAACGGCUGCGUCUUCUCAACGGGAACAGGCGCAGGGAAUUCUGAAAGUCUUGCAUCCAUCACAAUCUCACCCUCAUUCCUCCAUCACCCGGGCGACGGCGUGACCCAAAGCGUAGACAGGACUCAGCUGAACCACCACAGAGGCAGAUUCACCCUCCCGCCGCUCCACCACCACCACCACCACCAUCACCACCACACGGGCACGGGGACAACGCUCCCUCCUUUGGCCGCUGAGGCGGUCAGAGACUGCACCUUGGCUCAGCCGUGGAACCAGCACGCGGCGGUGCCUUUCACCUGGUUUCAAGCGAAUGAGAAGUUUCUGUACGCGCAGGAUGUGACUCCGCAUUGCUUCCUGGACUGAAAGGGUGUAUCUGAAGUUAUAGAGCAGGUUUGUUAAAAAGGAAGAAAAAAAAAAAGAAAAAAGAAAAAAAAAGCAGGUCUACAUUUUGACAGGAGCUGGCAGGGACAUAUUUUGACCAGUAGAGGGAGACAAAGGACUGAAGUUGCAGUCUUAUCCCUUACGCAACUUUCUCUUUCAAUCCACAGCAGGUCCACUCAUCAUCUUCUCUUCACUCCCAUACUGGUGAAUAAUAAUGAGUAGCACACAUUCAUAUAUGGAGCAUGACUCACAAACAUCUUCGUCACAUGCAACAGUUAAAUUAAACCACUGAACGUACUUGUACGAAAGUCAAUACAGUUUUGUAAUAAAAGAAAAACCUGGUUAGAUGAAAUGGGAAUAAGAUGCUAUAUGCCAAGGUGUGACGAAGCCAAUAAACCCAGGUUGAAGGGGUGAAAAUUUUACAAAGUACACUGAGUGCUACAGUGAUAAAUUACAUUGUGUGGUCACUGACAUGGUCGUUCAGGUCUGAAGACUCUCCGACUGUAACAUAAAUCACUGCUCCAUGGAUCAUUGAGGGUUACCACGGAAUGAUAUGGAUGUUAUCUCUUUUAUAGCCUCGCUGUUUGUUAAAGUGCAGAAGGAGGCUGAGGCAACCAUCCAAGAGCCCCGUCCAGGGAAAGCCAGUGGGAGAAUCUAUAAAAGUAUAGCUUCAAAAAGCCUAAACACGACCUGAUAUCUGCUGCGCUCGGUAUCAGCUUUUAUGACUGCAACAGGGCAAAGGCACCGAGUUCCUUCGCGUCCCUUUACUGCAGUGAAGAGGCCGUGAGGCUCGGAGUUUCUCGAUAAUUGGCCAGCGGGGGGAAAGACUGGGAUCAGAAUACAAACAGCUUGGUCAGCAGAAUGGAAGUGGCCUACCGGCGAAAUGACCCCCGUUGGAAUAUAACACCGUGAAGCCAGAUAGUUAAAUGACAUCUCCACAUGACGGUGCGCCGCUAGGUUGUGAUUUCCACUUCAGAUUGCUCUCCGAAUAGAUUAUGUUACUGAAGCGGUUCUAUAAAUCGAGGCCAAAUUUAGCGUCACUGAAAAUAGUAAUAGUUUACUCAGGUAUUUUACUGCACAAAACUCAAUCGUUUUACAACAAUGUUUCUAUUUUACACUACUUUGUAUCUCAUUUCAGUCCACAUUUUCUAAACUGAACUAAUUUAAGAGCUUAUUUCUAGUUCUACAGAUCAAGAUUGUGCAUGUUUAAAAGUAAUCUGAUCAUUUUUUGAUAUGUUAAGUGCUUCCUCACCUUUUCAAUAAAUGGUUUGUCAUCA